AUGUACCAGCCACUCUCAGACUCAUCAACUCACUUGAUUUCAUUCUUGUUUUAUGCCAACCUCUUUUUCCUUAGGGAAUUGGUGAUGCGACGAGAUAAAUUCCGCAACGGAUUGAACAAGAUUCUUGAGACAAAUGACUUGGUGGCAAAGAUGGAAGGCGAGCUGACAGCAAUGCGGCCAAAGCUGGAACAAAAACAAAGGGACACAGAGGAAUUGAUGCUGAAGCUGAGCAACGACCAAGAACAGGCAAGUUCGACAUGCAAAUGUACCCCAAACGAACCACUCAUCGGCACUUAUUGUCGGACACAGCCAAGCGCCCACAAGCAGAAAGAGGCAAAACUUAAUCUUCUUUUCACAGCAGUCCCAGCGGACAUUGUCCGAAACCGAGUAAAGGAAGACGAGUUGGUGGCAAAAAACAAAGCCAUGGAGACACAGGCGAUCGCCGACGAUGCUCAGCGUGAUUUAGAUGAGGCUUUACCCGUUCUUGAGGCCUCGAAUCGGGCCCUCGAUUCUCUGGACAAGAAUGACAUUUCUGAGCUGCGCGUCUUCACAAAGCCACCUCAAUUGGUGCAGACUGUGAUGGAAGCUGUCUGUUUGAUGUUGGGGGCCAAACCUGACUGGGCUUCGGCCAAGCAAUUGCUAAGUGACGGCAACUUCCUGAAGCGUCUUGUCGAUUAUCCCAAGGAUGACAUUUCGGACGGUCUGUUGAAAAAAUUGAAGAAGUACAUAGACAACCCAGACUUCCAUCCUGAUAUCGUCGAGAAGACCAGCAAGGCCUGUAAAUCAAUGUGCAUGUGGGUACGAGCUCUUGACCUGUACGCGCACGUAUAUCGCACUGUGGAACCGAAGCGGAAGCGACUUAACGAUGCCAACAUGGAAUUGGAUGCGGUGAUGAUAAAGUUGCGCUCCAAACAGGCCGAACUGAAAGCUGUCGAGACAAAGAUUGCCGCCUUGCAGGCCGAAUACGACGGUUCAUUGUCUGAGAAAAAGGUGCUUGAGCACAGUUUGGCGCUGACCAGUGCUCGCCUGAAACGGGCCGGUCGGCUGACAACAGCCCUGGCCGAUGAGCAGGACCGAUGGCAUGUGUCGGUUGACGUGUUCUCGAGGCAGUUGGAGAAUGUGGUGGGUGACGUCUUCGUGGCGGCGGCAUGUAUCGCCUAUCUGGGAGCCUUCAAUGCCGACUAUCGGGCCAGCCUCGUGGAGGGUUGGACGGUGCGUUGUGUCGAGUUGUCGAUCCCGAUCAGCAACCAGGUGGGUCUUUUCAGUGUGCUCGGGGAUGCCUUUGAGCUGCGUCAAUGGCACACUGAAGGCCUGCCUCGAGAUCAGGUGAGCGCGGACAAUGCGCUUCUGGUGACCAGGUCGCAGCGGUGGCCGCUGAUGAUAGAUCCUCAGGAGCAGGCGAAUCGGUGGAUCCGGACACGAGAGGCAGAGCGCGAUCUGCACAUUGUCAAGUUGACCGAAUCCGGCUUCCUGCGCACCCUCGAGACGUGCAUCCGUCUGGGCUAUCCGGUUCUGUUGGAGGAUGUCGGCGAAACGCUGGAUCCAGCCCUUGAACCGAUCCUUCUUCGCCAGACCUUCACUUCGGGUGGGCGUUUGUUGAUCCGAUUGGGCGACUCAAAUGUCGACUAUGAUCGCAACUUUCGGCUUUACAUCACCACCAAAUUGCCCAAUCCGCACUAUCUGCCUGAAGUGUCGAUCAAAGUGACCGUGAUCAACUUCACCGUGACACCGGCCGGUCUGGAGGACCAGUUGCUGGGUGAAGUGACACGUUUGGAGCGUCCAGAACUGGAGGAACAGCGUAGCCAGCUGGUGUAUCGCAUAAAUGCUGAUAAGAAUCAGCUUCAGGUAAGCAAAAACGACACCAAAAUGACUUCAUUUAAAUUAAGACCAAGUGGGUUUUGA